AUGCUCCCUGCUGAGGAUGCUCUCACGCUAUCUGCUGAGCCCUACUGGCAUGAUGAUGGAGUUCAGAUGAAUGACGGGCUGAGAGCACUUCAACGUGCACUUCAGUCCGUUGGCACUGGACGCCCUGCUGUAUUCCCAUCAUUUCAUGAUAUUUUGAUAGCUCCUGCACCAUUGCAACCACCCGCGCCGACACCACAACCACCCACGCCCACCACACAACCACCUGCGCCCACCACACAACCGCCCACGCUCACCACACAACCACCCGCGCCAUCCCAGCGGUCUCAUCUGUUCCCACACGCCUUCCCGGUCCAUAAGCUGUCGAAGCCUCCGCGUGUAACCAAUCAACUUGACCCAAUGUGGACAGGUGACCUCAAUGCGCGUGCGCAGCGCUUUGUCUUGUACUGGUUUGAUGCUGACAACACGCCAGUAUCGAUGCAGUGGGCUGUUCACUGCCCAUACUUCCCACAAUAUCAGCUCUCAGACGAUCCUGCGCUUGUCAACUCCCUUGGCAGCAAUAUUGAAAAAAUCGAUGUCUUUGAGGAAAGCUUCAUGUGUUGGAUUCCGUCAAUGCUCGCUCACCCCUUCACUCUUGACUCGGGCUGCCACGUCUUCAUACGACAUCAUGGUGUCACUGAGUGCAGCGGCUUUGAUGAUUUAUUUAAGUCCUCCAAACUGUUGACUCGCCCUUCGCACAUGCGCUUCAAUAUGAAAGCUUCAUCAUCGGACAUCGAGAUUCUCGAUGACGACACGCCACUUACACCUAAGCUCAAGAAGACAAAGCGACGACAGGCAUCCAUCGCUGCUUCAUCGUCAGACGUCAAGAUCCUGGACAACGAGACGCAACUUACACCCAAGGUGUCCUUGGGAAAGUGCCGCUGGGCUCAAAGCCUCGGCCAAGAGCAAGACAUGCACACUGCUACACGAGUGCGACUGGCACGAGAUGGCUUUGAUACCCACUCGAUGUCGCCGACACUACCACUAUUCCCCAGUCAACCACCAGAGGAUGACUUCGAUUCCCGUCGUGCUACUUCAAUGUCACCAAUGCCACUGCUCACGACAUCGUCAUUCUCCUCAUCCGUUGAGUCUGUGCCUUCGACGUCUGCAUCAGUUGCAGUCAAGGACAUUCACCGACCAGCGCCACCUCAUGUCCCAAUCGUCAUUCCUGUACAUGUCCCAGCAUAUGAUCGUGGCAAGCCACGACGAGUCUGGCCACAUGGAAUGUACACGGUUGAUAUGGUCGUCGGCUUCCAGCAGAUGGACAUCCCGAAGUUUCGUCACUAUGGCCAGGAGCCGCUUUUUCGUCUCAUCUUUGGCGACACUCCGUUUGUUAAGGCCACAUAUCAUGAAAAUCGCAAGGCGUGGCGCGAGACGCCACUGAGCAUCCUCAAGGCACACAAGCAAAGUGGGCGCACUCAAGAUGGCCUUUGGUCGAACUGUCUUGCCGCGCGCCGCAUUGCCUUGGGUCUGGAGAGCAAGAAGCAUAGCUGGCGGAAGUAG